GGCGCGGAGGACAGCUGCGCCGAGUCCGCGGGUCCGCCCGCCAGCCCGGCCGGAGGCAGCCGAGGCCGUUCGGGCGGCGGCAGCGGGAGCUGGAGCGCAGCGCUUCGAGGAGACUGAGCGGCGGCACGGCCGGUGGUCGUCCUGCAUUUCGCAAAUCUGCUUCCUGGUUUUCUUCUCAUCACCAGCCAUGUCCUCGUGCACCUUCCACGCACCAUCAGUCUCUCUUCAAGACCGUCCCUGGAGAACCAGACAGCAGCCUGGGGCUGAAGCAGGGUCAUGAGGACAGUUGGCCUGUACUGAAGACCCAGCUGGCUCCAGCUGAUUUGAAAGGACUCCAGCUCCCCAGGACCCCGGCCAACAGCCCUCUGCUGCCCACAGGAUGGGAGCCUGGGGGCUGGGAGCCUGGCCAUGAGGGAGUACUGCCCCUCCCAGCUAAAGGCCAGCCCUGCACCCCCCAGGCAUACCCCUGCCCAAAGCCCAGGCAUGGACUCCACACACAGCAGCCCCAGUGGGACUAGGGAAGGGGCCUCCUGCUCUGAGGGUCUUGGUGGGAGCUUGGCCUGCCCCUCCCUGACCUGUAUCCCUCCCCAAGAGGCAGCCACCAAGGAGACGAUUGGGGCACAUGGAGCCUCAAUCUCAGGGACACCAGAAGUCACCUUCUCUGGGAAGCCGGAGCCUGUGUUCUCAGUGAAAACUGAUCCUUCAUCCUCAGAGAACAGAAAUCCUAUGUUCUUGGAGAAGGUGGACUCCAAGUCUUCAAAGCAGGCCGACUCCACUUCCAUCAGAAAGGAAGAUGCUGGGUCCUUGAGAAAAGCAGAUCCCAUGUUCAUAGGAAAGACAGAGCCUGCAAUCUUGGGAAAGAGGGAUCCUAUGGCUUCUGGAAGGAUGGAUCCUGGGACCCCAAGAAAGGAGGAGCCUGGACUCUUGGGAAAGGUAGAUCCUGCAUGCUCUGGCAAGAUGGAUACACUGUCCACAAGGAAAGAGGAUCCUGUAUCCUUGGCCCAAGUGGAUCCUGUGUGCCCAAGACGGGAGGAGUCCACGUAUUCAGGACAAAAGCUUCCUAUGUCCUCAGAGGAGGUGGGUCCUGCAUCUGCAGGCAAGGCAGAUCCUGGGUCCUUGGAAACACUGCCUCCAGGAUCAGCAGGCAAAAUUGAACCUGUAUCCCCUGGAACGGUGGCUCCAGGGUCAACAGGAAAGGUGGACCCUAUACUCUUGUUGAAGAUGUCAGAUCCUAUAUCUAUGGGAAAUGCAGAAACCAUGUCCUCCAUGAAAGAAGACCCUCAGUUCUUGCGAAAGACGGAUCCUGCUUCCUCAGGGAAGGGAGAUGCUGUGUCUGUGAGAAUGACAAAAACCGGGUCUGCUGGACAGGUGGAGCCUGUGUCUUCAGGCAAGAUGGGUCCAGUUUCUUUAGGAAAGGUGGAUCCCAUGUCCUCAGGAAAGCCAGAGCCCUUGUCUCCUGGGCAGGCUGAACCGACAUCUGUGGGAAAGGCAAAAACUAUAUCCUCAGGCAAGGAGGACCCAGCGUCCUCCAAAAAGGUGGAUCCCAUUUCUGUGGAGAAUACAAAAACAUCGUCUUCUGGAAAAGUGAAUCCUGAAUCUUCAGGAAAGAUAGACCCUGUGCCCUCAGGUCCAGGGGAUCUCGAGUUCCUGGGGACAGCGGGGCCCUCAUCCUCUGUAAAAGCUGAGGUCGUGACUGGGGGGAAAGCAGAUCCACUGUCCUCAGAAGAGGCAGGUCUUACGGCCUCUGGGAAGUCGGAGCCCCUGGCCGUGGGCAAGGUGGACCGUGAGAGCAGGGCAAAGGCAGGAACCGUGCCCCCUGGAGAAGUGGACUCCGUGUCUUUAGGAAAGGUGGCCCCCAAGACUCUAGAACAAACAGUCCUAGGACCCUCGGGAAAAGCAGAAGCUGUGCCAGAGCGAAAGGUGGGUCUUCUGCCUCUAGAGAAGGGGAAUCCUGUGAACUCCACAAAGGUGGACCCCAAGACCGCAGGCAAAGCUGAAACAAAGCCCCCUGAGCAGGGAGGCCCCGCUUCAUCAGAAAAGGCAGAGGCUGCAUCUCUGCGGAAGGAGAAGCCACAGGCCUUGGAGAAGGGGGAUCCCGGAUCUUCAGAAAAAGCAGACCCUGUUGCUUUUGGAAAGGUGGAACCUGUAGCCCUGGGGAAGGCUGAUUCUGCGCCUCGGGGAAAAGUCGAGCCCCCAUCCUCGGGGAAGGCGGCCCCCCUGACUCUGGAGCAGACGGAGGCCUCCCCGUCCGGGCAGUCAAGUGGCAAAGCCUGCGGCUCAGCCCCCUCUCCCUCAGGGGCGGGGAGUGGCGGGGACGGCGUGGAGCCAGCGCUGCCAACCAGCACCGAGGCCUUCAGCCUCGGCCAGAAAGACCCGGUGGCUUCAGGGGCCCAGAAAAGCCCCGGCCUGGAGGCCGCUGCUCCCCUGCGUGGGCCACGGACUCGCGACAACUUCACUAAGGCGCCGUCGUGGGAGGCGAGCGCACCGCCGCCGCCGCCACGCGAGGACGCUGGCACGCAGGCAGGUUCGCAGGCCUGCGUGUCGGUGGCCGUGAGCCCCAUGUCUCCGCAGGAUGGCGCGGGUGGCCAAGCCUUCAGUUUUCAGGCUGGGCCGGGCGCACCCAGCCCCGCACCCAGGCCGCCCUCGCGCCGGGACGCGGGCCUGCAGGUGUCGCUGGGCGCCGCCGAGAUGCGCUCCGUGGCCACAGGGCCAAUGACGCCGCAAGCCGCCGCGCCGCCCGCCGCGCCGCCCGCCUUUCCCGAGGUGCGAGUGAGACCAGGCUCUGUGCUGGCAGCCGCCGUGGCGCCCCCAGAGGCGGCCGAGCCCGUGCGCGACGUGAGCUGGGAUGAAAAAGGCAUGACGUGGGAGGUGUACGGCGCCGCCAUGGAGGUGGAGGUGCUGGGCAUGGCGAUCCAGAAGCAUCUGGAACGACAGAUCGAGGAGCACGGCCGCCAAGGGGCGCCUGCGCCACCACUCACCGCACGCUCAGGCCCGAGCCGUUCGGCCUCAGUGCGUGCUGCGCCUCCCGAGGGCGCCGCCAAGCGCCCGCCUGGCCUCUUCCGCGCGCUGCUGCAGAGCGUCCGCCGGCCGCGGUGCUGCUCACGGGCCGGACCUACGGCUGAAUGAUCUGCCGCCCCCUUUUGUACGCCCGGGUUUCCAACCUUCUCAGGCACCCUUCUUGACCCCAGGCCCCUAGAAGGGAUCCCCUCGACGCACGAUAGGCCUCCGAGUGGUGGGCAGCCUCUAGGGCCCUCAUCUCCUUCUUUCCAGCCCCCUUCCUUCCCACACAAAUGAACCCCCUCUACCUAGCUUCCUCGUGGUCAUGAGCCCAUAAGCCCAGCCCUGAAACCCUACUGUCCCCUCACAGCCCUCAGCUCCACUCCCACUCGGUCACACUCGGUGACCUCGGGGACCUGCUCACCACCCCGACCCGCAUCUCCAGCCCUGAGAGCUGAGGCAGGCCCUGGAAAUGUCCAGACUGGUGCGCUGACAAUGGCGGCCAGGUCCCCGGAACGGGAGAGACUGUACAAAAGCUCCAAGUGUGCAAGGAUUGGUGUGUGAGGCCCUGGGCGUGUGUGAGUGUGUGUCCUCGCCAUGGGCUGGCCCCCAUGGCCCGGGCAUCUCUUGCAUGCUGGUGGUCAUCCCCAAAUUCUGUCUGCCCCCUCACUGGCCCAAUCCCCAGCCCCAUGUCCACCCUCACAGGGCACCCGUUUUACAAUUUUCAGGCAGCUGCAGGAGUGCCCUGGGGGCUCAGUUAAAAGCAGAGUCAUGGCAAGGUCAGAGGGUCUCAAACAGGUCUGGGGAUCACAGUCAGAGGCUCACUGAAGGUUUUGGGCCACAGGCAACCUGGUGACAGCUGGUCUUGGGUAUUUGGGACAGAACGGAGAGCUCCUUCUACAACCAUAGUUGUCCUUUAAGGCCACCCUCUCCAGCUCCUUGUUCCCCCUGUGCUAUGAGCCCCAUAAGUCUCUGAGGACCAAUCAAGUACCCCUGUCCCCACUCCUCCAGCCACAGUUUUUGGCUACAAACUGUCACAAUAUACAUUGGUAAUAAAAUUUUUCCCCAACUCUU